AUGAACCCUGCGGAGCUAGAAGGGAUUGGGGCUGUGGAAGAAAUGAAACCUGUAGAGCUGAAGGGGUUCGUGGUCGUGGAAGAAAUGCAGGCUCCUUGCGAAGUGCCCUGCAAAGGAGAUGUAAAAUGUGAGAAGAAACUAGAUCCUAAAUUUGACAGACCAGAGUGUGUUCAAUUUUUAGUACAGGGGCUGGAUGAGCAUGAAGUGGCUUGGCGGGUGUUUACAGAAAUAGUCGAAGUGGCUCACAAAGAAGUGUACCCAGAGUGUUGUGAUUACUGUGGGGAAAUAGCGUUUUGGCAGAAAUACAGUUGCUUGAGAGGUGAUGAUGACGGUGAUGAAGAGGCAGAGGAGAUGGAAAGUGUGAUGGAUGCUGCAGCAGAGGGUCAGGAAGCAGAGCCUACGAAAGUACAGGGGCCCCCACGCAUUCAGGGUUUAUACCGGGAUUUAGGGAAGGAUGAGUGGGCCGUGGCCACCCCUGAGAAGGUGGAAACGGAUUGUAGCAUGUACAGCGCGAGCCUACCAGCUGUUCAAGCUCUGGAUGCUGAGGAACAGGGAGAAUUCGCAGACCCAUCCCGGCCUGAUGCGGAACACAAGACCACUGGAGAUUCAAGGAUCAAAGCGGAGCCUGAGACCCUGGGAGGAGUAAAAGAACCACUUCCAUCUCGAGCACAAACACCGGAACAUCCCGACAAGGGGGAAGAAGAGAGGCGCCCCUGUGUGCAGGCUUUAUUCCCCGAUGUGUGGGACAGGCCUGUCGAUUAUAACCUUCUGGCUAGCCAUGUUUGUGAAAAGUUAAGCCCCGGCUGUUGCUAUCGCUGUGGUUUGGUUGUCCUGUUCCAAAAGGAUAGCUGCAGAGACUAUACCCCCUCUAUAGAUGUGACAGGGUUAUCCGUGAUGGAGGUCAAGGGGGCAGACCUGUGCAAAUUUCUGGAACUGAAACUGGCAGAACAUGCUGAAAAGCAGAUCAGACAUGGAGACAAGGAGACUCAGGGAGAACAUGAAGAACCAGAGGGUGUUUCCCCCAAGAAUUAUACAGAGCUCUGAAGAUUAUUGUUACUCAAAACCCACGGUAAAAAGAGG